AUGUGGACUUGGACUCGAGCUUGCGAAGGCGUUUACACCAGGGAAUUGGGCUACAACGAAUGGUCUUUCUACUACGACUCCCAUAUCAACGGGACAGCGGACACCCUCUCCCAAUUUAUGGUGACAACCUCGCAGACUGAAAAGCAUCGCUUUGCGCCCGAGUCGAUCUCCAGGGCAUGGUACCAUUUGAAGCGACAGUUUCCUCUGCUCGCUGCAACCGUCUCCUGUCCCACAGCCGAGGGCCCGCCCCAGUUCCGUGUAGCAUCCAGCCGGCUCGACACGGUCAUUCCGAAUGAGAUCACAUUCGGGAAAGUUGCGUCUGCGGAGGCAGCGAAGGAUCUGGGCUACGAAAUUAUCAAUGGCCCUCGUGUCCUCUCGGACGAUCUGCUGGGCCGACUGAUCGUGAUUUCGCAGUCAGGAGAACCCACGACCUUUCAUCUCUAUCUUCACGUGGCUCAUUUGAUCACGGACGGUGCGACCAACGCAAGACUUCCAGCCGCGCUCCUGGAGUUGAUGUCCGGUGACUUGAAGUACAGUGACUUUGAUUUGGAGGCCACAUUGGCGAUGGCACUCCCCGCCGACGCGCUGGUCCCCGGUCUCAAGUUCAGUCUUGCCAAACAGCGCUGGCGGAAUGCUGCCGGCAGAGUCAUUUCUGCAAUCAGAGAGAGCAAACGAAAGGCAAGAACGCAAGUCCGCGCCCAUUUCCAAUUGCUGAAGCUGUUUGCAGGGCGGUCAGACUCUGCCGAGACUGUACGGUCCUAUCGCAACGCGACUUCCAGCACGUUCAGGUAUGGACAGCAAGAUCUUUGGUACGAAUCUCCAGCCCUCAGCCUAUUUCCAGGUCUUCUUGAGCUGUCAUUCUCUGCCGAUGCCUCUGUUGGCUUCCUUGAGACGCUGAAAGAACAGAAUGUCACACUGGGAAAUGCACUAGUGGUCCUCGGUCAGGUGGCCCUUGCUCGCCUACUUUCUCGUCGCUAUGCUCGGUCUGAGAUGUCCCCGGAGGAAUGGUCUUUUAGGCGCACACAAGCGACUUACACCGGUGGACCAUUGAACCUGCGAGCAUUCCUGGACUCGAACUGGGGCCGAAACGGGGGAGUAAAUGUCGGAGGAGUCUACGUCGGUUACUUCUUCCUUGCGGCGCCCUUCAUCCCGAUCGGCAGCGGCGCCUCAGCAGUACCGACACUCUCUUCGUUGAUGUCCAAAGCCCAGUUCACGCAUCGCUGCAGAGAGUUGAAAGUGCAAGCACAAAGAUACUUCAAGCAUCCGCUUUUCCUGGAGAUUGGAGCAGCGCGUUUCCCUGCGAGAGUGACCGCAAUGAAGGAGUGGGCGGAGCAGUGGACUCGCGACCCGAAAAAAUACGUCGACGAUGCUGAACAGCAGAUGGAGCGAUGGAACUCGCUUUCAGCAGAAGGACAAGCUCAACAUCAGGGCAGUGUUUUGAGCUUUGCGUGGUCCACAUUUGCCUCUCGAGACGCGCCGUCCAACUUCCCUCUCGGCGCAGAGACACCGCGCUUGCAGCUGAAAGAGAGCAUGAGCCGCCUGCAUUGUCGGACAGGAGAGCUGUAUCUGAGUGCCGGGGUCGUUCGAGACUGCUUCCGACUGGUUCUCUUCUACGACGAGAACGUGUUCAUGGAGGAAACGACGCGUGAGUGGAUAAACGAGAUCUCGGAGGCGAUGCACUUUUAUUUGGGCAAAGACAACAAAAGCAAGCUGUAGAACUUAUUGGGUACCUGCUAGCCACAUGCCUCCGCAGAUACAGUGUUUGCUCCAAACGUGUUCCCACGCUUUCCAGGCAUCGGAUGCGUGCUGGGCGGUGCUACGAGCUGCUUCGGAGCGCCCACCGCAUCGAACGCACGUCAGCCCGCGGGUCCGAGCGCCAGGUAAGGCAGUUUUGGUGACAAUGUCUCUGACUCGUUCCUUGCGGACAUCCCCUCCAUCCUCCAUCAGUUCAUGUCGCUGAACAAACAGUCGGGUUUUGUCCACGAUCGUCUGCGAGGCCAAUUUGUGUGCGGCCAUUUGAAGAUGCGAAUGCAUCGAGGGGGUCGCCUCGCAGAAGGCCAGACACCGGAGCGAUUCGUCGUCUGGAACAGUCGACUGCGUUUCAGCAAGCAACUCCUUGACAAGCACCUCCAGUUUGGACACAUCUACACCAGAGCACACCAGCACGUCGUUCAGAACGUUCUGAGCCAUUUGAGAAUUUUCGUCCACUGCACGCAGCGAGGUGAUUUUGGUCUUGAAUUGGAUGACAUCCGAAAGCACAGUGUGCAAGCAAGCCAGGGUGUAGGCAUGCCCGAGGUACCAGGGAACAGCGGGGCUCUCGGCAGCAGCCACAGCAAGCACGCAGUCUUUCAAAAGCUGCUCCACGAAGCUUACGACCCACGCAGAAAGACUGACCAGCUGCCAUACAGCAUCUGUCAAUACCGGUUAGUUCUGCGCGGGUCACCGGAGUAACAUCCUAACCAAGAUCAAAGGCACCAUCCACUCGACAAUCCUCGAAGGCUGUCUUGCACGAGGCAAGGGAACACACAUCAAGCGCUGUGUGCCAGCGGAUGCCCAAUCGCUCGCUCUCAGACACGUUUUGGAUGGCGCGAGAUCUGUGAGCUUCAGUUUAGCCGAUGCCCAUCUGGGGAAUGAUGGUUAGAUACCUGUAGGUCUCCAGGACCAGCCCCAAACCACGGCGGAUCAGGGUUCCCUUGUCUUGGCCGUUAUUGACCAUCUUGAAAGCAGCAUGCAGCGUCUGACCAACAACUUCUAGCGUAAUCGACGAUCGAACGAGGAGAUGGGUGAUGUCUGCAGCGGAACUGCCUGAAAGAAGACAGGUGGCAAUUCUCGCUGUCAGGUCUAUCAUCGAGGAAACAUCGGAUUUAUGUCGAGGGAUUGACUGCAAGGAAAGGCGGGUCGUCGAAGUGCAGAGUAGCGUCGUGUUGUUGGGAGACAGAACCCCGUGGGUGGGUACUGCGAAGAGACUGAGCGACCAAUCCCAACCCGAAGCAGCAAGCCUGCUUACACUCUUGCCCGGCUGACUCGAGAGGAACGACCACUUGACUGGGAGCCCAGCUCUCGUGCUCCGCCAGUUCUGGUCUGCAUGAAGGUUAAUCAAAGAACCAUUCGGCGAAGAGAGGACUUCGUACAAGCUCAACAGAUGCGUCGAUCCUAUCACGAUGCUUCUGUGCUGCGAUUUAUUAACAGGAAUCGGUCCUGACACUUUCAAGAGCCCUGCAAGCAGCCCGGAUCCUUGUCCCGUGGGUCCACCCGGAUUGAGGACGAUUCUGUCUACCCUCAGCAUGACAGAACUUGAAGGGACCCUCGUUUGAAGCUCACCCAGUUGCGACUUUCGUCGGCGGACGAACGGGCGAGAGAAUGGAUAAACAGUUCUGAUUUCGGAGCAGCUGCGUCUUGGAGGUGUCCAUAGCUACUCGCAAGAUACAACUUGCUAUCAUCCAUAGGCGGGAGGGGAGUCGUUGAAACCGAGAUAACUGUUGAAUGCAUAUGCCACAAUGUAAAACCAGAACAAAGACGCGAGCGCACGAAAACUGGUAGCUUCAAUUUUGACCUCACAGAGUUCAAUGGCCGAAGCUUCGCCCCAAUUUUGCCAUUCCAGAGGAGAUUCAUACUCUGACGGGGUCAGAUCUAAAUUCAUUGGAAGUUGAAGAGGGUUGGCAGUUCGGUCACCGACGGAUGUUGAGGGCAGUACACGAGAACGAUAGGCCACCAAGAUCGAGGAUUCUAAGACCAAAUUGACGUAGUAGUGGGAGCCGAAACGGGUCACACUCGCCGUUAUAGGCCAUGCCUAUCGAAGCACCCACACAUGUCUUGACAACACCGGUCUUGAAGGAGGGGAUUUCAGUUGAAUUAGGCCGAUCUUCAAUUGCAACUGCCGGUUGAUUGAGCGUGCAAGUGAGCAUUUUCCAUUCACGGAUGUAUGAGCGCAAAUAGCACACAGUCACAUCGAAAGACUCGGUGACCAGUACGAGAGCUGCUUCAGCCAAGGGCGUGUGCGGUCCACGAAGAGGAAGUCUUCUCGGUACGCCCGACUCAUCGCACGACCACUGCGAAGGAUUAUCAAAGGAUUGCCAUGGAAUACUCGGACAAAGCGCACCUUGCGUGAACCACCCAGCCAGCCAGCAGCGACGAUCCCGGCACCAGGACGCAGUGCCCAACAUUGCUUAACAUUCCAAUCGUCAAGAGGCGCAGAACGCUGCCAUAAGCACGAGAUUCCGUCAGUUUCGCCGACCGCCGGGAAAUAAGCGUAAAGCCAGUCUCCUGCAGGGGAAUCCGCUAUGACACGGGGUGGCUCGAAUGACGCCGGAGACGAGACGAUGGGUGGAGGAGAGGGGAGAGAAAACUGCUUGGAAGAUGAGGAAUGACGCGCAUUUACUAUGGGUUGUGUUGGAUGAGCGGAGAAGAUUGUAGAAGUGGCUGUCCACACUACAGGU